GAACAAAGAAUCGAAAGUGAACGUAUUCUAGAACUAGCUAAUUACGCGAUAACAACUUUUAUGACGUCAUAAUAGCGGGGAAUGUCGUGUCACAAUAGACUUCGAUGCAACGCGUAGCGAAAUCGCGCUAAAUUGAGGGUGUGUCGUUGUGACGUCACGAAUGAUUGAGCGUAAAAGAGCAAACCACGAGAUUGAGGGGGGGUGUUAUUGUUAUCGGUGUGGGUUUUGUGGUGAAGGCUGAGGUUUCUUAUUAAAGUGCGGAGGUAUCUAGUGGUUAACUGUACCGUGGUCCUAGUUAAGUAACUUUAUGUGUUAUUGUGGAGUAUAAGAUGGACACCAUUAGCAUAUAAUAACAUUGCGUAUGUAAAAGCAUCUGAUAGUUAUACUGUGGUCUUAGUUGGUGGUUGUAGUUAAGUAUUAACGUGGGGUAAGAUGGAUACCGUCAAGAAAUUUUACGAGUUACCGCGUAUGUAACUUUACCAUAUUUUGGGUAAGACUUAUUUUACUUGUAUGGAGUAAGAUAGUUACGUCACAAAAGACAUAUAAUAAGAACAAUGCAUUACGAUUGUUUACAAGUCCAGAGUUCGAUGCAAACAAUGAUAAAAUAACGUCAUUCGCGACGAAACGACACUAGUUUUGGAAGAGACAAUAACAACAGCAGAAGUUGUAAAUGACAAUCACUGUUCCAGAUUUAGUUUAUUAUGUAUCUGUGACGUAACAAUGCUGUUUUAAGAUUUAUAAUUGAACUAAAAUUCUAGAAAAAUGAUUUUAAUUUGAAGUUUUGAAAAUGGGCGGGAAAUUAUCUCAUAACGAGUUGGAUUUAAAUAAAAUACGUCAUAAUGGUAAGUGUUAUUCUUAUUGUUACGUCAUUAUCACAUUAACUUAUGAAGUAAUUAUAGGUUUUGUUUCAGAACAAACGAGUAGGAAACACAGCAGCAAACGAAGCAAGAAACGAAAUUUCCUGAAACAAGUGAAGCGUGACCGGAGAUCGCAACGCGUCACAAAGGAUCAAAUAUAUAAUUUAUCGACAGAACUGACUAGAACGUCAUGGUACCUGGGUCGAAGGCUUGGUUUUAACGAGAUAGAAGUUCAGCGGAUGGUUACCGCGUUCGACAGCGAGCAUGAGCGGAAAUCGAACGUCCUAUUAUCUUGGCGGCGACGUCACAAAUGGAAAGCUACUGUCCAAAACUUAGUGAUUUAUCUCGAACUAGCGGGGUAUGGUUAUGACGAGUAUAAAGGCCUGCUUGUGACGUCACAAUUGAGCGAUUCGAGACCGGAUAUAUACGAAAUGCCGAAGGUUAAGAAGUCGGUAGCUAAAGAGGGGAAUUACCGGUUCGAUAAUUUUGAGAAAAUUCAACGAAGAAGAGAUUUAUUAACGAGGUCAAAGGUCACCGAUGACGUCACCUUGCCACGCGCUAGUAAACACGAUAAGACACAUGAUGACGUAAAAAGCGGGAACGAUUCGGGAUUUGUGACGUCACAAGAGCUAUCUUCUGACGUCACAAUGCCAGGAUUAAACCAUUACCCAAGUAAAACGACGCUUGAGAAAAGUUACUCCAAUGAACGGAACUUUAGGCUGUCAUGUGUCAAACCUGGAAGUCAAUCUACUUUACAAUACAUGCCUAUGACAUCAUCACUUAAUGACAUCACAACCGACAAUGAUGAUGUCAUCAAGCAUCAACGGGAUUUUUCGACAGAUUCUCAAAUUCAAUAUAAAAACCAGAUUAUACGGAUGAGUAAACGACAUUAUGACGAACCAAAGAAUGGUCGAAAGAAUUCAAGUUUUAAUUUCUUUAAAUUUGGAGGAAGGGGAAACAGGCUAAGUCAAUUCGGAGGAGUUAUAUCUGGCCUUGACAUCACAAUCGAUGAUGACAUCAUAGUCAGCGACAGUGACAACAAUCGGGUUCAAAUUUUCGACAGAUUCGGAAAUUUUCGUUUAAAAUUUGACACCGGUAGCGAUUUUAAACCGAAAGGACUCUUCGUAACUCAACAGCGCCUCAUAGUGGUUUGUUGUGGGAGCGAGGUUCGGGUGUUUACAAUGGACGGCCGAUUAAAGCUUUGUUUCGGACAAGGAACAUUCCGGAACAAUUGUUACAGCGUUUGUUCCGACACAAUGGGUAAUUAUUACGUCACAGACAUAGUUGGACAUACGGUCACUGUUUACGACGAAACCGGAAAUAUUAGAAAAAGGUUUGGUUACCAAGGGUCAAAACUUAUGAACUUCAACCAGCCGGUGGCGGUAGCGAUCAGUCGACGUAAUGAACUCGUUGUGAGCGACAGUCAGAACCAUCAGAUUAAGGUGUAUUCACUAGCUGGUCGACCGUUACAUGCAAUUGGUGGCAAAGGAACAAAUGAUGGGGAGUUUUGGAAUCCGUUUGGAAUUUGUUUCGACGCAGCCGGUUAUUUAUACGUGGCCGAUUGUGGCAAUGACAGAAUCAGUCAGUUUGACGACCGAUAUCGCUUCCUACGUCAUGUGAUCACACGCAUGAACGGUUUAAAGAUGCCGAGUUUCGUCAAAGUUAAUUCUCUCGGUCAACUGGUAGUAGCGGAGUGGGGGAGACAGUGCGUUAAAGUGUUUAGUCUCGAAACUGCUGUGUGACAUUAUCAAUUAUGACAUCAUCACUUGUGAUGUCAUCAAACAUAAUGCAAGCGACCGCGACAAGAAUAAUGACAUCAUUAGACACAAACUCUGAUUGUGACAUCAAGAGUAGUUACAUCACAAAUACGACAUCGUCAAUUAUGACAUCAUCACUUAUGACAUCAUCAGUUACACCACACCCACCUACGAAAGCCCUUAAAGAGUAAGUCACAUGACCGUUAUUCCCCUCGUCACGAUCAGUAGCCGUAACCAUGGCAACCCUUGUACCAGGGGUCGUGUUCUCCAACACGGAGAUCUUAUAUUGUUGGGGUUGGUCGAACACUGGGGAGUUGUCGUUGACAUCACUCACCGUGAUUGUCAUCUAAUAAUGAGAUAGUGUGAUGUCAUAAUACAAUAA